AUGCACUUUCCUACUGUUCUCGCCAGCAUCGCUGCAUUCUCCUCAGCCGUCAUUGCUGCUCCCCCAAAGGAGAAGCCUUACGUUGGUGUUGCAAUUAUGACGGUCAACGCACCCAUUAGUGGCGAAAAGAGCACUCUUCCCCAGAACGUCCCACUUGGCGUCCUCACCCAUCAGGACGGCGUCCAGGUCACCGAACUCGAGAUUGUCAACGCUUUCUCGACUGUCAAGGGUGUCAAGGCCCCAAAGAAUGACCAGAUUGUUUGUCAAAUGUACAAGGACCAGUAUGGCACUCUUCCUGGCAGUGCGGAGUUUACGGCCAAGAAAGACGCAAAAAUAAGCACAAACUCAGUUCCUCUUGGUUGGAUCCUCUGCCGCGUCAAGGCUUCUUCUUAG